GACGCUACCAGAUCGCCUAUAAAAGUGCCUGCUAGAGCCCGCUUACUGCCGCCAUUUCGGGUGAGCGGUAACGGCGACGGGUGAGCGGCGAUAUAUGUGUAGGGAAAACAACUCCCCAUCAGGAAAAAGCUGUUCACGAUGUCUCUGUCAAGUCGACAGAUGGCUAUUGUCAACCCCCCUCCACCAGAGUACAUAAAUGCCAAAAAAACGGGCCGUCUCACAAACCAGCUGCAGUUCCUGCAGAAGGUGGUCCUGAAGGCGCUGUGGCGGCACAGCUUCUCUUGGCCUUUCCAGCAGCCCGUGGAUGCUGCCAAGCUCAAGCUCCCGGACUAUUACAGCAUUAUUAAGAAGCCAAUGGAUUUGAGUACAAUUAAAAAGCGCUUGGAACAUAAAUACUAUGUGAAAUCAUCAGAAUGUAUAGAAGACUUGAAAACAAUGUUCUCCAAUUGUUAUUUAUACAAUAAGCCAGGUGAUGACAUUGUUCUCAUGGCACAAGCCUUAGAGAAACUGUUUACGCAAAAAAUGUCUCAGAUGCCUCCAGAAGAACAAGUAAUAGGUGGAAAAGAAAGGAAACGAAAAGGUACUCAGCCAUCUUCAGGAGUUUCUACUAUUAAGGAGAAACCGUCUCCCAAGGCAUCUGACAUGAUAGCCAAGCAGCAAGCGAUUCCACCACCUGUGUGUCCGCAGACGGCACUUUCUCCAUUGCAUGUGGCUAAAGCAGCUUUGCCGAGCUGUACUACCCAAGUUAAAAGGGGUGUGAAAAGAAAGGCAGAUACUACAACCCCUACAACUUCAAUCGUUACAGCAAGUAGUGAAUCUUCACCAACUCUAGUUGAACACAAAUCUGCUAAAAUACCACUUUUAAAAGAGAAAGUCGUGAAGAAUAUUGUACCAGAUUCUCAGCAACAAUAUAAAGUUGUGAAAAGUGUUAAAUUAACCGAGCAAUUAAAAUACUGUAAUGAGAUUCUUAAAGAAAUGUUUGCAAAGAAACAUGUAGCAUAUGCUUGGCCUUUUUAUAAACCUGUUGAUGUUACAGCUUUAGGACUCCAUAAUUACUAUGAUGUUGUUAAAAAUCCAAUGGAUCUUGGAACAAUUAAAAAAAAAAUGGACAACCAAGAAUAUAAGGAUGCACAUGAAUUUGCUGCUGAUGUUCGGUUAAUGUUUAUGAAUUGUUACAAGUAUAACCCUCCAGAUCAUGAAGUUGUAGCAAUGGCAAGAACCCUUCAGGAUGUUUUUGAGAUGCAGUUUGCUAAGAUCCCUGAUGAACCUAUUGAAAGGAUGCCUAUAUGUUACAUUAAAAAAGAUGUCACAAAAACAUAUCGUAGAGAAAGUAGCAGUGAUGCUUCCUCCGAAGACAACUCUUCUGAAGAGUCAGCUGAUGAACGAGUCCAGCACUUGGCAAAACUUCAGGAGCAGCUUAAAGCUGUUCAUCAACAACUACAAGUUCUGUCUCAAGUACCUUACCACAAGCUAAAGAAAAAGAAUGAAAGAUCUAAACGAGGGAAGAAGAAAGAAAAAAAGAAAUUUAUCAACAAGGAUGAAAGUCAGAGGAAGAAAUUGAAGCAAAUAAAACUAAAGAAAAAGCUGAAAAACAGUCAGCCAAAAAAGACCAAGCAACAAACGUUGACGUAUAAAUCUGAGGAUGAAGAUAAUACUAAGCCUAUGAAUUAUGAUGAGAAAAGACAGUUAAGCUUGGAUAUAAACAAACUCCCCGGAGACAAGCUUGGGCGAGUGGUCCAUAUAAUAGAGUCGAGAGAACCAUCUUUAAGAAAUUCUAAUCCUGAUGAGAUAGAAAUUGACUUUGAAACACUAAAAGCAUCAACCCUGAGAGAACUGGAAAAAUACGUCAUGGCCUGUCUGAGAAAGAGACCCCGGAAACUUCAUGCUAAGAAAAUAAUGAAAUCCAAAGAAGAGCUUCAUUCACAGAAAAAACAGGAGUUGGAAAAGCGGUUACUGGAUGUCAGUAACCAGCUAAAUUCUAGAAAACGCCAAACAAAAUCUGAGAAAACUCAAGUGUCCAAGGCAGCUGGAGGGGCCACGAGGCUGAGCGAGAGCAGCAGCAGCAGCGCCGGCGGCAGCAGCUCCUCGGGCUCGGGCAGCAGCAGCAGCGACUCGAGCUCCUCCGAUAGCAGCGAUUCCGAAUCAGAAACAUUUCCUAAGUUAACUGGACUCAGACCGAGUGACUCCCCCUCCAAAGGAAAAAUGAAGAUCUUGUCUUCUUGUGAAGUAUUAAAUCAAGAUCUAUUGGCUCUUAAGAAUCACCAAGAACCUCAACAGUCACAGACUUUGCAAAGCCUUCCACCAGCACAAAUGAACAUAUCUCUUUCAAGUCCUCCUAAAACUGUGUCCCCGGGAGGUGGACAGCGGCUGCCCGAGGCCUCGGGGGUCCAUCAGCACUUGCUCGUUGCUUCAGAGAAUACUUCCUUAAGUGGUGACAGAAAAGAUGAGGCCCUGUCUGUAGUGAAGGCUGGAAAGUCAAGCUCGCUUCCAAACACAGUGUGGGAAGGAAUCGACUGCAACCCUGUGAGAAAAGUGGAAAGGGAGGCCGGGAUGCAGCCCACCGGCACCGAGGAGAGCGUGUCAGAGCCCGACCUUGACCAAGGGCCUGUGAAGAAGGAUAUAAAGAUCAGAAACGUGGACUCUUGGACCAAUUUAGGGAAAACGGUCUCCCCGUCCGUGUCAUCCAAAUCGUCAGAUAACCUCUUCAGGCAGUUCCAAAAAGCAGCCAUUGAAAAAGAAGUGAGGACUCGCUCUCAGGAGCUGAGAAGGAAGCAGCUGGGCCUGAAGCUGGAGGAGCUCAAGCUGCAGCCUGAGCCACAGAGGGACUUGGACAAGAAUGCAGAUAAAGUUCAAGAUGACUAUUACCCUGAGGUACAGAAGCCAUUCCCAGCCCCAUUGGAAGCUCACAGGCUUAUCAAAGAUCGCAAUUUGGCAAGAAAGAAAGAGCAAGAACGAAGAAGGAGGGAGGCCAUGGCCAGCACCAUUGACAUGAAUCUGCAAAGCGACAUUAUGAUGACCUUUGAAGAAAACCUCGAUUAAGUUGGAUGUUCUGAAUUAGUUAGUGGUUCAUUUGAUUAAGUCCCAAGCAUGAAGGGAACAAAGUUUAAUAAAAGCUCAAGGCAGGGUGAAAGGAGACUCUGUUAGCAGAGUUACAUUGGGUUCUAAUUCAUGGUGACUAAAAAGAUUUUCAACUAUUUUCUUUAACUCCUGGUUUUUUAUAUUCCCGGUAUUUUUUACGUUAACUAAAUUUACAAAUUUAUAGUUUUGUAAUGCUAAUUCCCUAGAUUAUGGGUGCUUACUUAGUAAUCUUGUGAAAUAUUAAGAAACCUAUAUAGGAAUAUUCCGAAACAAUUUAAAGGACUUUGAACUCUAGUCUCUAGUCUUUCCUUUUAAUUUUUAUCUUUUAUAAACCAAGCAUUUAUUUGCCUUUGAAAAUGAGCGCUUAUCUCAACAAAUGCUUUUAUUCUGGCUUCUUCCUAUAAUUGUGAGCUCCCAAUUGUGAGCACUUCUUUUUGAGCCUUGUGGUCUUCGUGCUUUAAACUUGAACAAAAUACUUUUUUGAAGUUUUCUAUAAGUCACUCAGUAAAUAAAUUCCAUUGGCAACAUCCACAGGAUACCCUUUGGUACAGCUCAGGUGUGUUCUCACAUAGCAUACUAAGAUGAACCAUCUAGCAUCCUAGAUGGCUUUUUCAGGCAGUGUAUUUUAAGAGUUUAUUUUAUCCUAAUUAUUUUCUAAAAGUGAGUAGGACGUAAACAAACUAGCCUGCUUUUUACCUGAUGGAUAAGCCAGAAGACCCCUGUUGCCAGCACAGCAAAACUUGGAUAAUGCUUCUGCCUUCUGAGUUUUUCAUUCUGAAAUUUGGAUAACAGUCCAAAGAGCUCCCAUUUGUAAAGCACUUAAUGCUGUGCCUGAUACAUUGUAAGCAUUGUAUAAAUAUUAGCUAUCACUUAUUCAUAUCUAGAUUUUUUUUCCCUCUUAACUAAAUACAAGUUCUUGUACACUUUACAGUUCUUGUACACUGUAUAAUUUAAUAACUUGAGACAUCUACAUGGUAGAAACUGAAAUCUAAGAGUUAAUACCCAGACAGCUUGAUUUUAUUUUAUUUUUUUAAUUUAUCUUUUUUUAGGACAUAUUUUUUUCAGGUCAGUUUUUAGUUUAUACUCAGUAAUUUAAUGACCUGAGUUUUUAAAAAAUUAAUUACAUAAAAAUAACCUGCAGUUAACACAAUAUAUAAAAUAAUCCACAAGUAAGAAAAAUAAAAAUUAGCAUACUGUUAACUCUGCUUCAUAAAUUACUUGAAGAAAUUCCCUUAUGUUUACCAGUAGACUUCUGUUGGGUUUAUCUAAAGUUAUCAAAGUUUAAAGUUGAGUAAAGACCUUAUAACUACCCUAUAUUUACUGCCAUUUUCUAUUAAUUAAACAGAUGCAUCUGUAUACGCUCUUAUCAGUUCGCACUGCUGUACUUCGGUAUAUUACAAGACUCGGUAACGUUCUCAUCCAGAUACUCCUUUCCUUUAGUCCACAAAGGCCAAUUACCUGGUUAGAAGUCUAUCCACAUUUCAGUAGGCUGGUCUUCAUUUGAUUAGUAAGCCAUGUUCGAAAAGUGUUUUUAGCUUGAUCAAUACUCAAGUAUGCAUUCUCCUCGCAUACCUUUCAAGAACAUAGGGGCCCCUCCACGUCUAUAUGUGAGGAAGCCUAGGUGUCCGAAAAACCUGUGUUACACAAUGCAAAUGAUCCCCCCAACAGCUUUCCUAGUUGUAGUGGUCACAAUUUAGUCAGUACAAAUAUAGGGCAUGGAGGAGGAAGAGGAUUGACAUUAGGAGUUGUCUGUGCACCUGAGAACACCACCUGGUCCUUCAGGGUCCUGGUCCCCCCAUUCUUUGCCCAGUUCCCCCCCAAAUCAACAUGGUCUCUAGUAGUAUAAUCUGUAUAAUAUGAAGUAUGUCAACCUUUACGUUAUCCCUUAGGCAUGUUCUUAAAAAGCUGUGUAUAGAUAAUGAAGUUUUGUUGACUCACUUUUGAAAAUGUAUUCAGUUUCAUUCAAAGAUCUUAAUGAGCAAUAAACAUUGAAUUCUAAAAUUCA